AUGUACCGAGCAAAGUUCCAGGACCCUCUCCCGGGCCAACUCAGUUUCGAUGAGUACGUCGCCGAUGAAGUGCUGAAAAUCCAAAGCAACAAUCUUGCUUCCAAUUUACUUCUCAGUCCAAGAACAGAAAAAGCACAAGCAGAUUGGAAUGAACUCAUAAAUGGAAAUGACCAGGCUUUUAUGGAUUUGAACAUCACAGAAGAUGAUUCAUUUUCGACGAUAUUCGAUGAUGUUAUACACAUACCGAAUACAACUCUCAACACAAACACAAAUGAGAAACAACAAGAUGUGAACGGUUGGAGUCAAAAUGCCACAACAAAUUCGAUUGACCAGUUUAGUAAUCUGUUCACAAAUAUCUCUGAGAGUUCAUUGAACGUUGACAACUCACUACUCAUCUCUACUCCUCAAAUUAAAAAUAGUCCCAGAAUUUCGACAGAAGAUGCUUCAGUUGACAUUGAAGUUGUAGCCAAUUCGCCGAACGCUAAUUUGGCCUCUCUCAAACCCUCUAAGAAACGAAUUUUAAGUCCUCUUACCCAUCCGAAAGAUACGGACCCUCUCACCACCGACUCCAAUUCCAUCCCUUCAACCACAUCACUUCCCCCAAAAAAGAAACGUCGCCCCCGCGCCAAGAAAAUUCUCACCCCUGCAGAAAUUCUUCGGGCUCGCGAAAAGUACCUCGAGAAAAACAGACGCGCAGCACGGAAAUGUCGACUUAAGAAGAAAGCCGAGAUGACCGCUGAUCAAGAAAGAUAUGAGCGUUGUGUUGCCGAAAUUAAUGCUACCAAAACUAAGUUGUUGGAAAGUCGGAGGGAACUGCUAAAUUUGAUUGAAAUUUGUAAGGGAAUGGUAAGGGAGGGAUGCAAUGAUGCGACCAUCAGGAAAUUCGUGGCGAAUUGGGAGAGAAGGGAAGAGGCUUAUAGGGGAAUGCUUGAGAGCACGGAUGUGGGAGUUGAGGCUUGGAAGUUGAUCGAGAAGUGUAGGAGUGCAAGAUUAGGAGAGGGAGCCUUGGGGGAUGCCGUGGAUUUGGAAGGAGAUAGGGAAGGGCUUGUGUGUGGUGCAAAUCUUUGGGAAGAGGGGAACGAAGCGAUUUUCGAUCAAGUAGAUUGUGAUGGGGACCCGGGAACGACAGAAAAAUUUGGAAAUCAAACCUACGGUGCUUCGGCAAAUAUGGGAUGUGACGAAUCAAAUUCGUUUGGUUCUCUUCAAUGCUCACCUUUAAUACCGCAAACACAAUUGUAUGAACAACAAUUAAAUCAGCAGCAGCACCGACCGCCAGAUCUGAAAUGGCAUGAAAUGAUGACCUCUUUACAACAAGGCUAUGCUCUUGAUCCUAUUACAGCUGUUCCAAACCACAAUGAGAACGGGAAGUUUCUUUUCCAGAAGCUCUUAGAUCAAGUUAAUAGAUCAAGGAGUACUCCUGUACCUAUGAAUACUCUGAUCUCACCCUUGUUUCAACAGCAAGAAGACAUUGUUCCCACCACAGAAGAAUCAUCCAUGUCUACGCCAGUUGAUCUCGCCUCUAUAUCAUCUCUAAACAGUAACCCAGCUCAAGUCGAAGCUCGCCCACGACCACGAGUCCACCAUUUGCAACGACGACCAAAUUGCUACAUAACGACAUCAGAAAUACGUCAACAAAGCUUCGAUAGCGGCUACGGAUCCUUCUCCUCCGCAUCAUCUUCUCAGAAAAAUUCAGCACCUCCUUCUCAAACUUCAGAUAUCAAUGCGAAUUGUUGGUCUCCAGAUUUAGCUCCCGCAUGCCUUGGCAGUGUUGAUAUUGUUGAUAUUCAGUCACCACUACUAUCCGAUCAAGUAACGGACACGUGUCUGGAUUUAAUACCUGAGAGCCAAAUGGGAAUCGCAGACGGAGGGAAUUCUCUAUCUCUAAACUCGACCGCGAACCUACUUCCAAAUUAA